UGAAGUUGAACGUUGAACCAUGAGUAGAAUUUGUAGCAACAGUAGAUACAACGGACUUUGAAAAUGUACACUGCAACGCGGCAAAUUGUUUCAACAGUGUUAUCAAACCCCAGGACGAUGCAUCGAUGAUGGAUGAGACGGGCAUUAUCGUUACUAAAGAUUUCGUACAAGUUUUCCACCCGGCAAAGCAACCAGUUUUGCCAGUUCUGCCGGUUGCAACCGGCAAAACUGACCCCAAUUACUUUUCCCCCACACUAAUUGCGGCGUGUUCGUCAACACCAUCUCAGAGAUAGCAGUUCAUACCACCUCACACAAACAAUGCAUUUCUCCUUCCUUGCCGUUAUUAUUGCUUUGGCGGCAUCGAUCAUGUCCGUCAGUGAAGCAUGCAGUGACCUGCGCGGAUCUUGUCGAAAUGUCAGGGACCAGGCCGGUGAGUCAAGUGUUUACUGUCACAUGAGUGCCGUCGUUGAUCGAACAAUGUGUAGCUCAGUGCUGAGUGAGAAAUGGGUAGAGUCGAUAUCGAGUCGGAGAAGAUAUGUCAAAUGAUGAAGUGUUUGCGAACUUUGUACUUUUUGGUGUUAGCAGAGCCCCACGAGUCGGUCAUAAAUCAAAUCCAUGUCGGCUAGAAAUCAUGCGUUUUGCAUGGUUGAUUAGUCGCUUGAUUGAUAAGGUAUGCAGUCGUGCGUAUCGUUUUUGUCUGGCUUGUCCUGUCCAGUGAAUGAAGUAUAACCUACAGU